CUGGAUUCCAUACCAGGGUGGCCCGUGCACCAGGGUCCUUCACAGUCACUGUGGGGUAAACAUCAUGAUAGCAUCGUCCGUCAGCUUCACGUCAACAAACGGAAGAAUAUCAGGUGUAUCUACUCACAACAUAAGUGGCUCCUACAACUGUCGCAUUCAAAGUUUUGUCCACACUGACAAGGCUGAACGUACCUAGGUAUGCAGUUCCUCCUGUCCACAUGUUUGUGACAUCACACCACUUACGCCCGUCAGCACUUGAGCCUCUCCACGCAAACAGCCAGCCGAUACCACGCGUGCCACCUAGUUUAAAGACCGGCCUCCCAGUAACCCGGGAUUAGAAGCAAUGACCCACCGCCAUCCCAGGGCUAGCAUACCGCAAGCUCCGCGGCUCGCAUCAUGUCCUCGCUACUAGAGUACCGACCUCUAGCGAAGGAUGAGUUCCGACUGCUAAUUCUCAUCCCUGCAGUAUCAAUAACAGCCCCACUCAGAGUGCAUGUCUUCCACGACAAUGUAUACAAGCCUGAAGCAUCCUACGCAGCACUAUCGUACACCUGGGCAUCCAAGCUCGAAGGCAACGAUGAUAGCAAUGAUGUACUCGAGUCCGUGGAUGUGGACGGACACGAAACAUUCCUGCACCAGAAUCUAGCCAAGGCACUGCGGUCUAUUCGUCGCGAUAUCCCGCAGUGUAUCUGGGCCGACGCACUGUGUAUAGACCAGAACAACAUUCCUGAGCGCAAUAUCCAAGUUACACUCAUGCGACAGAUCUUCUCCAACGCGACGAAUGUUUGGGCUUGGCUGGGUCCGCCGGCGAAAGGGAGUAAUCUUGCCAUGGACUUCCUCGCCAACCUAGCCAGUCGUUCUGAUGAAGAGGGUAUUGGACCGUGGUUGGGGAACGAAGGCAUGCAUCCAGAUACAUACCCCACAUGGGAAGGCCUACGAGCCCUAAUGGCGCGGAACUGGUGGAAAAGAGCAUGGAUAGUACAAGAGUUCGCUUUAGCCAAAGACGUCGUCUUCAUCUGCGGCACGCGCCGUCUUUCUGCCGACGCCCUCGAAGCAGCCGACCACCUAAUCUUCAUGGAAUUCACGCCCUCGAAGAACGAGCGCGUGACCGCUCUAACGCGAGCCGUAGACAUCAACCCGCGCGUGCUCGACCCAGCCCGGAACCUAAUGAGUCUGCGCCGACGGCUACAAGAGGGUGAACAGCUUUCUGCCUUGGCAACGCUGCAGAUGACAAGAUUGACUAAUGCGACGGAUCCGCGCGAUCAUCUAUUUGCUAAGAUUGGGCUCAGUGGAAAGGAGUUGGUGCAGUUGUGUCCGCCGGAUUAUAAUGCUGAGGCGGAAGAUAUUUGGUUUACCUUCCUCAAGGAGUUCAUCAAGCAGAAGCAGGAUCUUUAUGUUAUCUGCCUGGCGGGAAUGCAACCAAGGACGUAUCACGCGCUGCCCUCUUGGUUACCGGAUUGGGGGCCUUCGAAACCGCAAUACAUGCUCUGCUCGCUGUUCACGGGGAAGCAGUGGCCGCUCUUUGAUGCGGCGAGUGGAGCGGCCGCUGUCGCUACUAUCUCGAGCGAGAAGAUGGAACCGGGCAUCUUCCUCAGGUGCAAAGGCCUAGUCGUCGAUACUGUAGACGGCGUCGCGGGCGAUCCAUGGUGGAAAGACAGACCGACUUCUCUCCGCCAGUCGAAAUGUAAGAAGAACGCGUAUGGAACACAGGUCGGUGCGUUCGAAGCGUUAUUGAGGACAGUCACUGCCCAUACGAAUCGCAUGGGUGCUUGGGGCCCUCCUCCCCCGGAGUUCAACACCAUCUUUGCGAAACGGUGGCAUGAGCUGAGGGACACGACGGCACCGUACGAAGCUGACGACACUCUCCCUCUUCCCCUUCCGUUCUACAUGCGUGCGUCGGGUUUCGAGCGCGCAUGGCGCAGUAUGCGCAAUCUGAAGUUGGAUGGCGUGGAGCUGCAUGAGCAUGUUGAGGCUGGUUUGAUAGACGCACAGAACAAAGCGCAGGCGUCGAGUUCGGUAGCCUCAGGAGAGACACAGUUCGAUUUCUCGGCUCCUGCGCCGUUUCAUCCGCUGUGGACUGCGCUGGAGCAUAGUGCUGGUCAGGUUUGCUACGAAAGGUUUGUUUAUACGACCGAGGGAGGGUAUAUUGGAGUUGGUUCUUCCACUGUAGAACCGGGGGAUAAGGUUGUUGUAUUGCUGGGCUGUAAGGUGCCGGUGGUGUUAAGGCCACUCGAGAAAGGAGGAUAUCAGCUCAUUGGGGAGACCUAUUUGGAUGGCAUCAUGUAUGGUGAGAUGGCAAAGGAUAUAGGGAAGGAGGGGUCUGCUGUGCCGGUUGAGGAUCUCGAUAUUUAUUAGGUAUAGAAAUUUAUUUCGUUGGACGUGUUGGGUCAAUAGCUGCACGUAGAGAAUGCAUCACA